AUGGUCAGUCCUACCGUUCUCACUUUUGACGCUGAGGGCCGUCCGAUCAAGUUUGACGUUUGGCUCGAUGACCUGCACCUGUUCCUCCAGAUCACUUCCAAGGAUGAUGUUUCCCUGUUUGACCACACCCACCUGCCGUUAGAUGAGCGCGAGCGCUUUGGCCAGCAUAAGGCCGCUAAGGAGCUGUACGAUGUUGUAGGCCGUCUCUCGCUGCCCUACCUCUUCCCCGAUCUGUCUGCCUUUGCCACUGUAGCUGACCUCAUCACUCACCUUCGUACUAGUGAUCUCUGCUACCGUGCCGCGCUCCCCCCCGAUUUCCUAGCCAAGAACCCUCCCCUGAUGUACCUCACACUCUACCACCUAGUCACCCGCCUCCCUGACUCCCUUCGCACCGUCAGGGACCACUUUCUCGCCCUCUCCCCCACCGACCUCACUGUCGACCUGCUCGAGAAGGAACUCCUAGCAGCUGAGAAGUGCAUUGUAGCUGUAGGUGCCUCUCGUGCCGACCCUCGCACUCCCUUCUUUGAGGGGUGCUCCCCCUCCCCCCUCCUCCCCUCCAUUGCAUCUGCUGCUGCCGUCGACUACCUCGGUGCUGAGGGGGUCGGGGCUGCGUCUGCUCCUAGUGGGAGGCGCAAGGGCGGCAGGGGCAAGGGGGGCAGGAGUGGCGGAGGUGGCGGCGGGGGCGGCGGUGGUGGAGGGGGUGGAAGGGGCGGGGGUGGUGGCGGUGGUGGGAGUGGCGCUGGUGGUGGGGGGGUCAGUGGUGGAGCAGGGGGUGGUGGCGGCGGAGGUGAUGGGGGUGGUGGGGGUGGUGGUGGCAGUGGUGGCGGCAGUGGAGCUGGUGGCGGGCGCGGUGGAGCGGUGCAGCGUGGGGGGUUCGGCGGUGGCCAGAGGCAGCAGCAGCAGCGUCCUGGCGAGACUCCCUCGCCCCAGCAGCUCCGUGAGUGGUACUCUCAGCGUGGGGGCUCUGGGGGUGGAGGUACCUGCCCGUACGUCAUCCGCACAGGUGACCGCACUGGCCAGACCUGUGGGAGGUUCCACACGGCGCAGCGCUGCUUCUUUCGUCUCGACGACGCCUGGCGCGAGCAGUUUCCUGAAGCCUCUAAGCUGCCCCGCUGGGCUGAUCUGCUUAAAAAGAACAUUGAUAUAUUUGCUCUUGAUUUUGAUGCUAUCCUUGGUGCCAUGUAUGCAUUGACUAAUAGUGUUGAGGGUGACUGUUACCUGGGUGUACCGCCCGACCCGGGUAUUGGGACCAGUGAGACUGCUGCUCUAGGUGCUAGUGCGUCUGCUGCCCUAGGUCCUGGUGAGGCUGCUGCCCUAGGUGCUAGUGAGUCUGCUGCUCCAGGUGCUCGUGCGUUUGAGCUAGCUGGCACUGCGUCUACUGAGGCACUGCACACUUUCACACUGGACUCGGGUGCUUCCCGCUGUUUCUUCCGUGACCGCACUGUCCUUGAGCAGCUAGCUCGGCCAGUUGCUGUCUCCCUCGCUGACCCCUCUGGGGGCCCGGUCCUUGCGACCUCCUCAACUGUCCUCCCUUGUCCUGCGGUCCCGUCCGGCACCCUGUCGGGUCUUUACCUCCCCUCGUUCUCUACGAACUUGGUGGCGGGCUCUGCUCUCCAGGACGGGGGUGUGCACCAGUUCAUCCCUGCCUAUGAGCGUGUGACCCACUGUACGUGUGCUCGGACGGGUCGCCACCUAGCUACCUUCACUCGGCAGCCGGGGUCGGACAUGUACUCACUGACCACUGAGUCCCCUCAGGUACAUGAGUCUACGUCUGCGUCAGGUCAGCUGACGGCCCCCUGCUCGGUUCUCCCUCCCCUCCCACCCUCGCCUGCUCCUCCCUCUCUUCCCUGUGUCGAGGGGCGGCAGCGCGCCAACCCUCACUCCUCCUCGUUCCAUCCCACUGAGGCUCCCCUGCAGACUCUCCACCUGGACGUGUGGGGCCCAGCCCGCGUCCGUGGACAGGGCCACGAGCGGUACUUCCUGCUGGUCGUCGACGACUACACGCGCUACACCACGGUCUUCCCCUUGCGCACCAAGGGUGAGGUCCCUGAUGUUUUGAUCCCUUGGAUCCGCGCUGCUCGUCUCCAGCUCCGCGAGCGGUACCAGUCGGACUUUCCCCUCCUGCGUCUGCACUCUGACAGGGGUGUCCAGUACGCUGCGCAUCAGCUCAACCUCUGGCCCCGUGUCUCUGCUCCGGAGACCUCGCCCACACUGCGUUGGACGGGGGAGGUUGGCGAUGCGUCGGUGUUCCGGGUCUGGGGAUGUCGAGCCUUUGCUCGCGAUACGUCCGCGGACAAGCUCUCCUCCCGUGCCGUUCCCUGUGUCUUCCUUGGCUUUGUCCCUGACGUGCCUGGCUGGCAGUUUUACCACCCCACCUCGCGCCGUGUCUUCCCCUCUCAGAACGUCACUUUUGACGAGUGCACACAUGGAGGCGAGUACCGACCGCCGUCGUUAAACUGGGACUUCUCCCGCACCUCUUCCGCCGAUUCCGCCCUCUGCGGCUCCUGGCCCGCCGACUACGCCGCGCGCCACAGCGCCAUCCGCCAGGCCAGCGCAGUCGCGCACGCAGCGCACGUGGAGGUCAUCAAGCGGAGCAGGAGGAGCGGAGUUUUCGCGUGGUUCAGCCCCGCACCCCCCCCGCGCCCGUACGACCCCGCCGUUCGCUUCCUAACGUUCGAAUGGCUGGACGGGUGCGGCGGGUACGGCGACGCGCUCAACGGGCUGAUGCUCGCGUUCGUGACGGCUGUGCUCGACGGUCGCGCGCUCAUCGUCAACCACGACUGCUUGCCGGCCGCGUUCCUGCCGGCUAUGAUCGACUGGCGGCUGUCGGACGACGUGCCGUUAGAGCCCGCGACCGUCGUCACGCCGCCCGGCUACAACUGGGACGGCGUUGUGACCGACGCGCGCCCCGACGCGCCGGCGAAGGCGGGGGAGGUGGUGCGACUGGACAUGCGGAACUCGCGCGUGGAGCUAGAGACGUUCUUCAAGGCGCUCGAGAACGCCACCAACAUCCGGCUGGCGGCGAACCUGGGCGCGCUGACGCACCUGGCGACCAAGGCCAAGGGCGAGUGGGCGGAGCGGUUCAAAGGCCUGGGCAUCCGCCUGCCGUACGCCAUGGGGUGCUUCUUCCGGUUCCUCCUGCGGCCGCGUGACGAGGUGAGGGAGCUGUUCCACAGCACCAUGCAGAAGCUCCGAGGCAACAGCACCGCCACCGCUAUGGAGCAGCAGCGUGUGGCGACGGUGGGCAUUCACAUCCGCGUGCAGGACGAGGUGGUGUGGGCGGGCGACCGAGGCAAGCCCAAGGACCUGGAGCAGAAACAGAUUGACGCGCUGCUGGGGGACGCCAAGCAGUGGCUCGACUGCGCUCAGCGCGUGGAGGAGUUCUGGUUCCCGUCGUCCCUUGCGGUGCGAUGGAUGCUCAUCACCAACUCAGCGCAGCUCAAGGCUGCCAUUAAAUCCAAAUACCCCGACAAGGUCGUCACCACCGAGUUUGUCCCACGGCAUUCCAACAGCCUCGCAUCAGUGAACAAAAAGGAUGGGUUCGGCAUAGAGGGCAGCAAGCAGGACGAAGCAAGGAUGUUCCAGGAGGUAGUGACAGAGUGGUUGCUCCUAGCGGCCUCUGAUGCGUAUGUGAUUUCUAGAUCCGGGUACUCGCACACGGCAGUGUUUUACUCCAUGCGGACACUUGCUACCUUUGAGUAUGACAGUCGGUCGGUGCGGCGUCUGCCCCUAGCGGGAGACGCCGCUCUGGCAAGGGCAAGGGGGGCAAGGGAGCGGGUGGGGCCAGUGGGGGCGGUGGCGGUGGAGGUGGAGGCGGCGGAGGGAGUGGGGGUGGCGGUGGAGGUGGUAGCGGGGGUGGGGGUGCUAGUGGCAGCAGUGGAGGCGGGAGUGGCGGCGGCGGUGGCGGUGGUAGCGGAGGUGGCGGAGGUGGCGGCGGUGGAGGUGGAGGCGGGGGCGGUGGAGGCGGAGGCGGGGGUGGCGGAGGUGGAGGUGGUCGGAGUGGAGCUUCGCAGCGGAGCGGCACUGGUGGCGGUCAGCGCCAGCAGCAGCAGCAGCAGCAGCGUUCUCGCGACGUCCCCACCCCUCAGCAGCUCCGUGUGUCCCAGGUAG